AUGAUACAUGUUAUGGAUUCUGGAAAAAUUGUUGAUCGAGGGACACACGAAGAACUUUUGGAAAGAAGCGAAACAUUCAGUCAACUAAAACGUGAGCGAGAUGAAGCAGAAAAAGAGGAGACAGAAGUUGAAACAUCUGCCAAACCACAUAAGCGACCAAAGACUGUCAUGUUCGAGCCCCAGCAACCAGCAGAAACAAGACGUGUUGAAGCUGUCGCUGAAGGAGCUAUUAAAGGAAAUGUUUACCUCAUGUAUCUGAAGGCCUUCUCGUACGCAUGGGCGUUCGUCUUCCUCGCUUUACUGGCAUCUCGCUAUGCCAUGCAGGCGGCGAACGGUAUUUAUCUAUCCCACUGGGCGGAUGCGAAUUCCAAGUUGAGCGAUAGCGCUGACACAAUCACUGGUCUCUUGAUAUACGUUGCCCUCGGUUUUGCCACUGUGCUUCUGAAUGUUAUCACAUUCACUUCUUCAACGUUUGGAGGGGUACGAGCUUCCAUCGUAUUACACAAACCACUGGUGGAGUCACUAAUGCACGCUCCUAUCUCAUUUUUCGAGGAAACACCCCUCGGAAGAAUUCUUAGCAGAUUAGCAGGGGACAUCGAUAUCAUCGACACGUCGCUGCCUAUAAACCUUCGACUCGUGAUUGAUACUCUUGCUCAUAUUGUGAUGAUUCUUGUUAUCAUCAGUUUAACAAUGCCUGCAUAUAUCGUUCUCGUCGUACCGUUCACUGUUGGCUAUAUUCUGAUUCUGAGAUAUUUUUUACCAACGAAUCGGCAAAUCAAAAGAAUUGAAAGCGCUCAGCGAUCUCAGCUUGUGUCGACAUUGUCGCAGAAUAUCAAUGGAGCAGAGAGUAUCAGAGCAUACCGGAGGGUAAAGAAUACAACGUUGGCGUUUCAUGACGACGUUGAUUCGUUUAUUCGCUGUCGCUACCUCACACCGGCUACGAGCAGAUGGCUGUCUCUGAGACUGGAAUUUCUUGGAAGUGUCAUGGUGCUAGGCUGCUCGGCAUUGGUGUCCUUCUUUUACGAUCUAUCUCUCAUUACACCCGGAGAAGUGGGAUUAUGCGUAUCCUAUGCUUUGAGCUUAACUGAUUUGCUAAAUUUUUCUGUACGUAUGAUGGCUCUCAGUGAAGCGAAUAUCGUAGCAGUUGAGCGUAUCAAAGAGUAUCAUGAGAUAGAACAAGAGGCGCCGUGGACAUCAGACUAUCCUCUCAUCGAUGCGUGGCCAUAUGAAGGCUCAAUAGAGUUUCGCGGAUUCAGUGUUCGUUACGGAAAAGAUAAGAAUUGUGCUGUAAAAAAUGCUACUUUUACCGUAAAAGGUGGCGAAAAGAUCGCCAUAGUGGGACGCACUGGAUCCGGUAAAUCAUCGAUUGCCAAAGGCUUGCUUCGAUUAGUGGAAAAAACUGAAGGCGAUGUGUUCAUAGAUGGUGUGAACAUCGCAGAACUGGGUCUACACGAGCUGAGGUCAAGGAUCACGAUUAUACCGCAGGACCCAAUUUUAUUUUCGUCCACUCUUCGAUUCAAUGUCGAUCCCUUCAAUCAGUUCGCAGACAGCGACAUUUGGGUGGCGCUUGAGGCUUGCCAAUUGAAAGAGAUGGUAACAAAGCAAAAAGACGGCCUUUAUGCAGAGAUUGAAGAAAGUGGAAAAAACAUCAGUCUCGGUGAAAGGCAACUGCUAUGUCUUUGUCGAUCUCUUUUGGAAGGAGGCGAAAUACUGAUACUGGACGAGGCCACGGCCUCGCUGGACCAUGCAACACAGAAGCUAGUAAAUGAGGUUGUUCGAGUGCAAUUCCGAAGUGCGACAACGAUCACUAUAGCUCACAAGCUGGAGACAAUCGGCGACUGCGAUAGAAUACUGGUACUCGAGGACGGAAUUGUGGUUGAAUAUGACACACCAGAAAAUCUUCUCGCAAACAAAGACUCAAUCUACCGAGAAAUGGUGGAGACAAAGAAGACAUUUUGAUGAUGAAUCGCAAAU